CGACGGAGGUUUGUUUUGCAGCCUUCACCCUUCCUCCAUCUGCGUGCUUUCAUAAACAAACAACAUUUUUGUUCCGCAGGGAACGCAUUGCCCUCUGGUCUAUCACCCUGACAACAUUGUCCGAAUCCCGGCUCCUGCUUUUGAAAAAGUCGUGGAAGGACGUUGUUUUCGAGUCGGAACAGAACGCGGGCUCCUUUACAACAACAAUCAGAGCUGGGUUUUCGUCCCCAACCGUCAGCGCGUGGAGGGCUGUAGCACCGAGCCGAGCUAAAGGCUGGACUUCACGUCCUAAUAUUUGCUCUUUGUUUCUGCUUUUAUACUGUCAGCCACUGUAGACCGUCGUAGAACAGCUUCGGUUUUAGCAGACAUGGUGAAGAUGACUAAAGCCAAGACUUUCCAGGCUUACCUAGACUCUUGCCACCGGCGUUACAGCUGCGUGCACUGCCGCGCCCAUCUGGCAAACCAUGACGAUCUUAUCUCAAAGUCAUUUCAAGGCAGCCAAGGACGAGCAUACCUCUUUAACUCAGUGGUUAAUGUUGGCUGUGGUCCCGCUGAGGAGAGGGUGCUGCUUACAGGACUCCACGCUGUGGCUGAUAUUUACUGUGAAAACUGCCACACCACUCUGGGAUGGAAAUACGUUGGUGUUCAAAACAUCCAACCGAAAAGAAACUGCAUAAUUUAGAGACAGUGCCUUGCAAAAGUAAUCACCCCCCUUGGGAUUUUUGAUGUUUAGCUGCCUCACAAUCGGGAAUUUAAAUGGAUUAUUUUCACUGUUUCAUUUAUAAAACAUGCUUACAACUUUGAAGAUGUUUUUUUUUUUUUUUUUAUUGUGAAGCAAACAAGAAAAAGGACAAAAUAACAGAAAACAUCAGCGUGCAUAACUGUUCAUCCCCCUGAAGUCAAUACUUGGCAGGUUUGUUGCGGAAGCAUUGGCUUUCCAUUUCAAGAUGAUGGAUUUGAUGGCGCUCUGGAGGAACGUCAAACAUUUGGACAUUUUUUUGAUAACCCCACCCUGACUUGUACUUCUCAACAACUUUGUCCCUGACUUGUUCGGAGAACUCCUUGGUCUUCAUGUGUGAUGCCCCCUACAUGUGUUGCAGCUUCUGGGGCCGUUGAGGAAAGGUGUGUUUAUACUGACAGAUCAUGUGAAACCUAGAUUGCACACAGGUGGACCUCAUUUCACUAAAUAUGUGACUUUUAUAGAUAACUGGUUGCACCAGCUCCUUGAACUCUUCGGGGCUUCAUAGCCAAGGGGGAAUACAAAUGAACAUGUAUAAAAGCAGGAAG